AAAUAAAACUAAAAUUUCGCCGAGUUCUUACAUUUUGUUGACGUUUUUACAUCAGGCAAGUUCAGUGCGCGCCUACUCAAUUUUUUGGCAGGCAUUAAUCCGGUCGCCUGCUGGUCCUUCCUCCUUUUCUACGUCCCUGAGUGAGGCCGGCGUCAAGAUGAAUGACACAGUGACAGUCAGGACCCGCAAGUUCAUGACGAACCGAUUGCUUCAGAGGAAGCAGAUGGUUGUCGAUGUCCUGCAUCCCGGCAAGGCCACAGUCCCCAAGACUGAAAUCAGGGAGAAACUUGCGAAGAUGUACAAGACCACCCCCGAUGUCGUGUUCGUGUUCGGCUUCAGGACUCAGUUUGGUGGCGGCAAGACAACAGGCUUCGCCAUGGUGUACGACUCCCUAGACUAUGCUAAGAAGAAUGAGCCCAAACACAGACUGGCCAGACACGGUCUCUAUGAGAAGAAGAAGACCUCAAGAAAACAGCGCAAGGAACGCAAGAACAGAAUGAAGAAAGUACGAGGCAUCAAGAAGGCCAGUGUGGGCGCUGCUGGCAAAAAGAAAUGAGGUGUCAGUGUGCAGUGAGCCCGGACAACCAGGGAGGGUCUACGUGCUCAAGAUGUUCUUGUAUAUUGUCAUCAAAUAAAAUUUGGAAAAAAUUCAAAAAAAAAAA